ACGCAUCGUUUGACGCAAAUUUUAAGCGUUUUUUAAAUAUUGAUAAUAAAAUAAUUAUGAUGACACACGAUAUAGAUUCAAUGUUAAUACACAGCGUUAGUCGCCACCCGCGUUUAUACGACAAAUCAUUUGGUUCUAACAGCAUGAUCAGUAGACGCGAGGCCUGGAGUGAUGUGGCUGCAGAAUGCAAAGUGCCGAUGGAUCUGUGCCAAUCUCGGUGGAGAGCCUUACGCGAUCGCUACGUCAGGGAAAUAAACAAACCCAAUCCAAAGGGCUUUCCUUUAUUUGAGAAGCUCAACUUUCUCAGGGAACACGUACAUUUAAAAAGGAAAUGUCCCUCAAGUACGUCGGAUCAGCAAACUACAUCCUAUACAUACUAUAUCGACGAAAUGACUCAGGAUGAAGCUCCAAGCUCAAUGAUCACGGAAUUUCCCUUGGAACAAAACCAGGAACAAUUACAGGAACAGGAACAUAUACAAAACCAAGGACAUAACCAGCAACAGGAACAAGAGUACCUAAGCGAUAAUGCUGAUACCUCCAGUGUAGAGUUCGUUGCGGAACAGACGGUCAUUGACAAUGAAUCCACAGACCAAACACAGCCACUUCCACUGCCUGCUAAUAACCAGACUCCUGCAAUGGAGCACUUGUCAUCUUUUGCUAAGGUAAUUAAUAUGCUUGAGCAAGCUCUGAAGGAGAAAUCGAAGCCAAUAGAACCCCAAGAUCCCUUUUACAAAUAUCUAGAGAGUAUUUUGAGUCGCGUAGACGAAAGAACGCGUUGCGAUAUUCAACUCCGCUUGCUUAACUUAGCUCACGAAGAGAUCAACAGGGCAGGGAUAAUUUAAGUAAGCUAACUAUAAGAAUUCCCUGUCCCUGAUUGCCUGAUUCUUUCAAAAAUACCCAUAGGUUCUGUACAAAAAUUUUAGCUUCUAAAGCUACAACUAUUACGAAGUCAUUGGUAUUA